AUACAGAUGUUAUAUCAAGUUGUAUGAUUUUCCUCCGACAUCAUCAACUGAAGAAAAUGAUGAGCUGGCAAAAAUGCCUGCUUCACAAAAGAAGAAAACUGAGGCAAAAACAGAGGAAGGCUGAAGCAAGGGCAUAAAAAGAGGCGGAAGUGAAGAAUGAGGAAGCUAAUGUUGGUGUUUCCAAAUAUGGGAAAAGAAAUGUUAAGACGGUUGAUCCGGAUCCAAAUGGAGAGAAAUUAUUGCAGGUCUUUGAAAAGUCAAAAAAAGAUUAAAAACAUGAAGAAAAAUGUGCACCUAGAACAAUAUUUGGGUACACCUAGAACAAUAUUUGGGGAUAACAGUGAUGAUAGUUCUGCUGAUGAUAAUGCAAUCAUAAAUUCAGAUUCCAGCACACGAACUCCAUCAAGAAAUCCAUCAUCAUCAGGGGAAAGUGAUUCCAGCAUUGACUCCAGAAGAUAUGAAGUGAAAAGAAAUGAAGGUGGUGGAAACAACAACAUGAACUCACAAUUUUUGGGAUUCAAGAAGACAAUUCUAUUGGAUAAGAGACUUUUGGUGGAUUUAAUAGACAAAUACACAAAUGGAAUUUUAAAUUGGGAUGAAUUUUCCAUUUCCGUAAAACCAGUUCAUCAAGAAAGAUUGGGAAAUCCCACAAAAAGAUUGGUUAUUUCAAAUAAACCCAAAGAAGAAGAUUACUUUUAUGCCAAUCCAGAAGAGUGUUUGCAAACAUCAGAAUCAUAUGAUGAACCUAUCAAAGUGUUGGCUUCAAAAUCUGUAUAUGCUGCUGCUGCUCCUGUGACAAGUACCACUGGCCUUAACAUGGCUCCAAGUGAAGCAGCAACUGGCAGUAGAAGUCAGCAUCAUGAUUCAAGACCACAUCAACUUCAAGACCUCUUAAGGGAAUAG